CACAUCAGCCAAAGGGAAUCGAGAUGGCGUGCUGUAUAACAACACUCCCCUUCUGUUAGCGGGUUUAGACGCUUUCUUCGGACUUGAGUUAAAGUAGUGACAUAAAAACGUGAAACACUGAAAAUGAGUGGUAGAGGCAAAACCGGUGGAAAGGCCAGAGCCAAGGCUAAAACUCGUUCGUCCAGGGCUGGUCUCCAGUUCCCUGUCGGCCGUGUGCACAGGCUGCUGCGCAAGGGCAACUAUGCCGAGCGUGUUGGUGCUGGGGCUCCAGUUUAUCUGGCUGCUGUGCUCGAGUACUUGACUGCUGAGAUCCUCGAGUUGGCUGGUAACGCUGCCCGUGACAAUAAGAAGACUCGCAUCAUUCCCCGUCAUCUGCAGCUGGCUGUGCGUAACGACGAGGAGUUGAACAAACUGCUCGGCGCAGUGACAAUCGCACAGGGUGGUGUGCUGCCUAACAUCCAGGCCGUGCUGUUGCCCAAGAAGACCGAGAAGUCAAAAUAAAUCUGACUUUCCAAAUGUAUUCACGCUAGGCUCGUUUAAGAGCCGCCUUAAAAGCCUGUUAAAAGCUUAUAUGCAGCCUUCGAGAUCAUUCCAAAGUCAAAACAUGUGUGCCUUGUCCCAUCCAAAACUAGCUGUACGAAUAAAUGAAUAUCGAUUUAAUCCUCUGUACUGUGUUCGAUUAAAACGUGACUCAUUAUUGUUCAAAUGUUUCAGGCAAAUUGAUAUUGAAUCAAUUAAACUGAAAUACAGGCUUUCCCUAACU